UUGAUUUUCACUUUGAUUUUUUUUUCUCACUUGUUUUCUCGUCUCUCCUCUGCGUCCUUGAAUAGAUUCAAGGAGACAUGUGGUGGAACAAGUGAGACCUGGUGGCUCCUUCAGGUCUGCAGGUCCUCAGACUUGUCACCUCCACCCAGCGGAUGAUGUCUUUUCCUCCCACACCUUAUUUGUGGUGCAAAUUGGAAAGACUUCCAAGAUCACACAGAAUUAAAUGCAACAGAGCUGCCCUCCUCUCCUCCUCAUCACUUUGCCACUCCUGCGGCAUUGCUCUUUGCUUGAAGGGGACACUGGCCUGCUCCUCACCCACUGAUUCUGCAUGACUGUCACAAAGAUGUCAUGGCGGCCGACCUACCGAAGCUCCAAGUUUCGAAACGUCUACGGAAAAGUCGCCAACAGGGAGCACUGCUACGACGGCAUCCCCAUCACCAAGAACGUCCAUGACAACCACUUCUGUGCCGUCAACUCCAAGUUCGUGGCGGUCGUCACGGAGAGCGCCGGCGGGGGCUCCUUCAUUGUGAUACCUGUAUCCCAGUCUGGCCGCCAGGAUUCUCAUUACCCCAAAGUGUGCGGGCACCAAGGCAAUGUGCUGGAUAUCAAGUGGAAUCCCUUCUUUGAAAACAUCAUAGCAUCCUGCUCGGAGGACACCUCGGUGCGAGUAUGGGAGAUCCCAGAGGGCGGCCUGAGGCGCAACAUGACGGAGGCGGUGCUGGAGCUGUACGGUCACAGCAGGCGGGUGGGUCUGAUCGAGUGGCACCCGACCAGCAGCGGCAUCCUCUUCAGCGCAGGAUACGACUACAAGAUCCUCAUCUGGAACCUGGAGAUCGGGGAGCCGGUGAAGAUGAUCGACUGCCACAGUGACGUCAUCCUCAGCAUGUCCUUCAACACAGACGGCAGCCUGCUGGCCACCAGCUGCAAAGACAAGAAGCUGCGCGUCAUUGAGCCGCGCUCCGGGAGAGUCCUUCAGCAGGCCAGUUGCAAGAACCACCGUGUGAACCGAGUGGUGUUCCUGGGCAACAUGAAGCGACUGCUCACCACAGGGGUUUCUCGCUGGAACACCCGGCAGAUCGCUCUGUGGGAUCAGGAGGAUCUGUCGAUGCCAAUUGUGGAGGAGGACAUAGACGGGCUCUCGGGACUGCUGUUUCCUUUCUACGAUGCCGACACGCACAUGUUGUACCUGGCAGGCAAGGGGGACGGCAACAUCCGUUACUUUGAAAUUACCACAGAGAAGCCGUACAUCCAAUACCUAAUGGAGUUCCGGUCCCCGGCCCCACAGAAAGGACUCGGUGUGAUGCCAAAGCACGGGCUGGAUGUGGCAGCCUGCGAGGUGUUUCGCUUCUACAAACUAGUAACGCUGAAGGGUUUGAUUGAGCCAAUUUCGAUGAUUGUGCCAAGAAGGUCAGACACAUACCAGGAGGACAUCUACCCCAUGACAGCCGGAACAGAACCUGCCCUGUCCGCCAGCGAAUGGCUGAGCGGGAUUGAUAGAGACCCGGUCUUGAUGUCCCUGAAGGACGGUUACCACCGGCCAAACCAGCUAGUGUUCAAGGCCCCAGUGAAGGAAAAGAAGAGCGUGGUGGUGAAUGGGAUCGACUUGCUGGAGAACGUACCACCCAGGACGGAGAACGAGCUCCUGCGGAUGUUCUUCCGGCAGCAGGACGAGCUGCGGCGGCUGAAGGAGGAACUGACCACCAAGGAUGUGCGAAUACGCCAGUUGGAGCUGGAGCUGAACAACCUGAAGAACGUUAGCCCCAACAACGUCUGACCUCUGAGCCUCCCGGACUGGCAAAGCUGCCCCCCCAAUUCAGACCUCCGACGAGCUCCUGAGCCCUCCCGCCCUGCUUUUUUGAUAUAUCUCAUUAUAUCAUAAGUUCAUUCCUGCUGCCCCGCAUAGUGCACACGAUAAUAUGGUAACUGUGGGUCUUAACUGAUGCGAUUACUGGAACGUCGUAGUAGUGAUCAGAAGUAGGCGAGACAGUUCAGGGAUCACCGCCUAAACAUUCAAUCAGUCGAUGACAGGAGAAAUGUGAGAUCCAGUCAGUUUUGGUAUUUUCUGUUUUUAUAAAUGAAUAUUAGCGAUCUUAGGAUGACUUAUUGAAUAUUUUCCGCCACACCACACAGGUAUUUGUCUCACUAUGCCUGCCCUGUUGUCCAUGUGGCAAUGCCUUGAUCACCAUGCAAAAAAACAAAAAGGAAAAAAAAAAAAACAGUUCCCAGACUCAUCCUCCUGUACCGACCAAACCACCUACGAAUCCUCAUCCAGGUUAAAACUGGAGGAUGAAACAGACUUUCACCGGCUCCUAUUCUUCUUCCCUAAGGCCUUAGACCCUGCUGCGGUUUGCAGCGAGCUGCAACAUCAUCUCAAAAUGGCUGACGUGAAGUAGUUUUGCACCUGACAGACCAGAAGAGUUUUGCUGACGUGGAUCGUGUUUUUCACAAAGCUGCUUAUCCCGUAACUGCUUUCCUCGCCUACAAAACGUUGGCUAUAAAUUUUACUCCGUGACACUUACACAUAGCUCUCUUAAAUGCAGAGUGGAUAGGUCACUUCUCUUCAAGUACUUUAUUUAAAAUAGUGGGAAAGCAGCAGAGGAGACGUGGAUCCACAGGUGGUGGACUUGUGUCGCUACUGGAGGGAAGCUUUAUUGGCUGUUACUGGUUUUUAGGGCUAAUUUUGAGGAUGGGAGGGGUGUUAAUGUAUAUUUGCUUCUAUUUAUUUGUCACAUCUUACCUUUUUAGCUAAUAACAUGUAUAUUUGUUAAUCCCACUGUUUUUUGUACGAUGUGGCUGCGCAAGUAAUGAUUGUGAUGCUUGAUAGAUUUUUUGCUGAAUGUUUCCGGUUGAAGCGGUGCAAGAUUUGUUGUGUGAAACGGCACCUUAAACGGUAUUUUAGUUCUUCGACUCCAACGGCAUAACUUGAGAUAAGUUAUGAAGCUAUAUUCUUGCCUAUUCCUAACAGUGCAGACUGUAAUAAUAACCAUCCUUUUACAUUUAAACUUAAGUAUAUUACUAUUACUGAGACGUG